AUGGCGGGCAGCACCGGCGUCCGACUCUCGGACAACGCUGAUGAAGUCCAUCCGACCCCUCCUCAUCGCUCUAUUUUCCGCCGCGGCGCUGCCUAUGCGACCGAUGCGAUCAAUGGCGGGGUUGACUUUGUCAACCGCAAGGUUAGCGACACAUACAUCGGUCGCUUCUUCCGCCUUCGCGGAUCAGGUCAUCCCCAGGAGAUCAGAGAUGCGAACUUCUGCACCGAAAUCCGCGCCGGACUAAUCACAUUUUCCACCAUGCUCUACGUUUUGGCCGCCAAUCCGGCUGUCAUUGCCGCCUCGGGUUACGAGUGUAGCUGCCUGGGAGAGGAUAAGGGCAAGCCACAUUGUUCCAUGGAUUACUCAACCUGCACCGAAGAACUCCGUCGCGAUAUGGUCACAGUGACCGCCGCCGUUACAGCCAUGUCUUGCAUCCUUAUUGGCUUGACGACCAAUAUGCCCUUGGCUGUGGCACCUGGAAUGGGCCUCAACUCCUAUUUCGCGUAUCAGGUCAUCGGUAUCAGAGGAUCUGGCUUGCUACCCUGGCGUACUGCUCUCACGGCCGUGUUUCUCGAGGGCUGGAUCUUCAUCAUCCUUGCCUUGACCGGCCUUCGUCACUGGCUCGUCAGAAUCAUUCCGCCCACUAUGAAGGUCGCGGGCGUCUGUGGCAUUGGUUUGUUCCUUGCCUUGACUGGUCUGACUUUCAAUACUGGACUUGGUAUCAUUACCAGUGGAAACGUCGUGCCGAUCUCGCUGGCUGUUUGUGACAAUCCUAACGAGCAGGCCCAGUGUACUGGUACGAGCGCCAUCGCGAGCCCCAAGUUAUGGCUCGGCAUUCUUGGAGGAGGCAUCUUGCCAGCUGUCCUGAUGGGCUUCAAUAACAAAUACUCCAUUGGCAUUGGUGUACUCUUCGUCACUCUCAUGUCCAUCCCACGCUCGACAUCCGUGACCUUCUUCCCUUACGACUCCGCUGGUCAGAACAAAUGGGAUUACUUCUCCAGCAUGGUCGGAGUGCGCAAGACGGGGUUCGACAUGUUUCAGCUGCGAUUUGACCUCCACCACCAUGAAGGCAACUUCAUCGCUGCCCUCCUUACCAUGCUCUACGUCGACAUGAUCGACUGCACCGCAACGCUUCAGGGACUAGCGAGAUACACCUACAGACUCCAGGGACUCGACCCCGACUUUCCCGGCUCCACCAUCGCAUAUUGCACCAACGCUUUCUGCAUCUCUAUGGGAGCCCUUCUGGGAUCAUCUCCUGUCACGGUUUAUGUCGAAAGCGGCGCCGGAGCCCAGUCGGGUGGCCGUACUGGAAUAGCGGCGAUUGUGACUGGAUUAUGCUUCCUGUCCGCGGUGUUCCUUGCGCCAUUCUUUUCUGGUAUCCCCCCAUAUGCCACUGGACCGGCCCUGAUCCUGAUCGGUUUCCUGAUGUUGCGGCAAAUUGGCAGCAUCAACUGGAAUUAUGCUGGCGACGCCAUUCCCUCCUUUGUCACGAUCAUGUUCAUUCCUUUUAGCUACAGUGUCGCAUAUGGCCUCAUCGCGGGUCUUUUUACGUACAUCAUUGUGAACGGCUUGAUGUGGAUUAUCUCGCAACUCACUGGGGUCGAGCCUCAUGACUACCAACUGAAGCAAUACUGGACAAUCAAUCCCGCCGGUCGGAAGCCAUGGGUUUAUAGAGCCUACAAGUAUGUCAGGGCCAAGAUGCAGAAGAACAAAAGCCAGGCAACCGAGGAAGUUGCUGUGCAGGAGUUCGAACUGAUGGAACGCCACGCUUCCCGCCAGAGUCGCCCCAGAUCUGCGGUAGCUUCUGCGUCAACAAUGGAUGAUAAACACUCGCGCAAAGCCCAGUCGCCGGAUCGUUUUCGCUCUAACUGA